UGUUUCCUCUCUGCAGCCCAUGGAAAGAGACAAAUAGCAGUGUUUCUUUUGUUAUUGGAAAUAACAACGAGAGUGAAAACGAAAUGCGACUUUUUGCGCGGGUGAAAAAGACCAACAGCUAGGCUGUGAAAAGAUGCAGUGGCGAUAUCACAACGUUUUUCAAUGAGUGUGAAUGAGUAUAUACAUUUGUGAGAACUGCUUUUGUGUCUUUUUUUCACAAUAGCAUUUUUCUGUCAGUGGUGAUGUUUUAUUAUUUUGAACGAUUUCAAAAACAUCGAAAAACUUAAAUACACGAUAAAAAGCCCGAUUUUGUAUCUAUUUGACGAAAAAUAUUUGAGAAUAAUCAACAGAAUUUUGUGUUUGAUAGUUUAAUCAGAAAUUUUGUUAUAAAAUAAUGUGUGUAUUUGGCCAACGUAUCCUAGUUGAUUAGUAUGAUUGUUAAAGAAUUUUUUAUUGGAAAGCAUUAUAAUAAUUUCGGAUUUUGAAAACAACCCAUUGUGGCUACAUACUAUACAAACAAAUAACUAUUAUGUGCGAGCUGCAAAAAUUAGAAAAUACAAAAAAUCAUCAGUGUAAAACAUCAAACAACGUAAAUGAAGAACUCAAGAGUCACGAGUGGCAUUCGAAAAUAAAGUAAAAAUUAAGAAUUAGGGGAUUUCCAUAAAAGACAGUAUGGAAAAAUUUUCACACGAUUUGACACUUGCGUUAGAGGAAACAUCUCGUGUGCGGGCUGGACAUUGCUGGGGUGGACGCAGAAGAACGCGCAGUACCGGCAACUUACCAAGUGCACCACAGCCGACAGAGGAUAGUUCAAGUCCAGCUGACGGUCCCAUCGAUAUCAAUGAAUGCCAAUCAAAUUCAAUUUUAAGCGAUUCUGAUGAUCGGCAAAAUUUUCAACUAGCUCUACGACAACCAUGUUUAUUUGGUAAUUUCGAGUCGGAUUCGUUGAACGAAAAUUUCAGCCCAACACGGCCAAGUACGCGUAGAAAGCGAAAAUUUAAACGUAUGGCAGUGGAAUAUGAAACGACUCCAUCGACGCCAGGAAAUCCAAAUCCAAACACAAUGUUUCCAUUGAAAGGCAGCAGCGUAAAGAAGCGGGUCAUGAAGCAUACAAACCAAGAGAAUUUUCGAACCGGUCUAUUCUACUGUGGAAAACGCAAGCGUUCACAUCGUGAUCGUUACCAUGAUUACGAUCACUAUCGUUUGCAUUCAAGCAGUGUACCGCGUCAACGUGAAUUCUUUACGCCAAAAAGCUCUUACUUGGAAUUCAAAAAUCGAAGUCGUAACACAUACACAAAGCCGUGCGAACGAAUUUUGCCAUUGAAUAAAAAUAUCGUUUCGAAAAUUGAGAAAAUUUCACAAGAUUCACAAAAUAGCAGUGGUGCACUGGUUGGUUUUACACAAGGAAUUCUAAUGGCAAAUGACGAAAAAAGCGUGCCAGCUGGUUUCAAUUUUGAUUCAGCAUAUUUGAAGAACAAUCAACAUGCAAUAGCCACUGAGAAAAAUCAUCAGCCGUUGCCACACAGUUCAAGUGGAUUACAAACGGCCGGCUCUUCUCAAACGAAGAGUCUGUCAAUAGACAGUACAUCAAAUGCUAAUGUGAAUAAAAUGGCACAGAAGUCUGGUAGUUUUGAUUCACCAUUCAACAUUCAAGAAACAUCAUCGUGUUUCGGUCAACAGCCAGACAUUUCUGCGCCAGUCAAAAUUGGUAAAGACAGUUCACGAAAAGGUCAGUCACGGCAUUCAAAUCAUAAGCGAAAGCAAAGCAAACGUAGUCAAUUGAAAAUGCAAUUCAAUGAACAAAGUGGUAUGGAUUGUGAAUUUCUAAGCUCGAGUUCGUUGAGUAGUAGUGAUUCCGAAGCAGGUGAAACAAAUGAAAGCGAUCGAGAAGGGGAUGACGAACUGACGGAUUGGCCUGGUAAUGAGGCGAUGGUUAAUUUUGCAUCAAAAAAUGAUUUCAAACGAGCAAAGCCAGCCAGAAGUUCCAUUAAUAAUCCAAUAGGUAAUAAUAAGACACGAUACACAAAUGAAGACUGCAUUGGUCAGGAGGAAGACACACUUAUGUCAGCUGAUGAGAUGCCCACGCCAUUUGCAUCACAUUUGACAACAUCACAAAAUCCAAGCGAAUCGGUAAAUUUGCUAUUGGGCACAGAUCCGAUCCUCUUUCCGCCAAAAUUUUCAACAUCUAUGCAAAGCCGUCUUACAUCAAACGGUUCACAAACACUCUCGUCACCAUCGACAUCAGAUAAUCCUCUAACAACAGGUUCUAAUAUACUGCGCAGUGCUACAUCGUUACCAAUCGACAUUGUUCAAAGCCAUCAGCACCAAACGUCAUUCACGUCGGGCAUUCAUGCGACGCAAAUUGAAAGUGAAAUGUCCGGUGAAACAUCGAAUCCAUUCUUAUCGUCAAUACUUGAAGUGAGAGAAAUAAGAGCCGGUUGUCGACGCAUUCGUGAUGAACGACCUGGUUUCACGAUUUUUAGUAGUGUUAAUGAACAUUUGGCGAGAUUUCUACAAGAUUCUCGACAGUCUCAAUUGAUUUUGCCAUAUACGAAUACCGAAGAAAAUGAUAAACUCAUCGAUUUGGCCAAAUUGUAUUCAUUAAGAAUCGAAAUUGAAAAUAGCCGAGCCAUUUUUUACAAAACUAUAAACACCACACAAUCCGUUAAAAUUGAUCAAUCAAAUAUGUCCAAGUUAUUUUUGAGCGACUACAAACGUCGCUGCUAUGGUGCCGAUGGUGCCGACGAUGAUCCAGACUCAACUGAAAUGGCUACUUAAAAAAUGAUAGUCUUUUAUGCUACGCGAGCAUUUAUGUUUACAAGAAAACGUCACGAUUUAUUAUUUUUUUUAUUGGUCUUCAACUUUUAUUUUCAUAAGAUUUUUUUUUUAUUUUGCUUUUGAACAGUAGGUGCGUGUCAUCAGCGCCACCCUGGAAUUGU